AUGCCAUGUUUUACAGAAAAAACAUGUGUGGUUCUCGGCACCCUUGACAUCACGGAGGGAAAGAAUAUUCAGAGAUUCACUGUGAAGAGCAGAAUAAAGCACCAAGAAUACAAAAAAGUGAAUUUGGGCAAUGACAUCAUGCUGCUGAAGCUAUCAAAAAAAGUUAAAUUAGGCAAAAAUGUAAAGAGUGUGAAAAUUCCGAUCAAGGAUAAACCCAUUGGUCCGAACACAAAGUGCAUCGUGGCUGGCUGGGGCUCAACUGGGACUGCAAGGUCCGUCACCGACCUUCGCGUUGUUAGCGUGUCCACCAUUGACCUUGGCAUCUGCAGGGAACAGUGGGAAAAAAAACUGCCAGCGAAUAUAAUCUGCGCUGGAGGGUACAAGACUGAAAGUGGGGCGUGCCAGGGAGACUCAGGGGGUCCACUGGUGUGCAGUAAAGAAGCAGUGGGAAUUGUUUCCUUCAACUAUAAAAAAAAUUGCACCUACCCAAAUCGGCCCAACGUUUAUACUCAGAUCUCAAAGUUCUUGCCCUGGAUCAAGAAGUACAUCAAAAACAUUCCUUAGUCUUAUUAAACGUUCAUGACCUCACUUAUGUAGGCAGGGUAGUGGUGUAGUGGUAAUUCCUAUGUCUGCAUCUCUAUAGGAACUGAUUAGUGAAAUGCCAACAAACACAGGAUGGUGAAUGAAUCAGUCUCUUUUCACAAGACCUAUACCAAACAGACAGUCUUAUUCUUUAUAUAUCCAGACUUUUUUUCAGCUAGAAGUUCUGUUAUUUUGGUCCAGAAUUUCCCAUUACUUCGAUAAGUAUAUCAAAUUUUAAUUUUAAACAUAUUUAAGUCUUAUCAGGCCUGGGUUAUGUCCAGCCGUACACAAUCAUAAGUUGAGUUGUUGUGUAUGUUCUAUUCUCAUUUAAUGCAUACUUUGUCAUUUAUUUAUACAAAAAAUUCAGAGACUUCACAGCAUUAAAGAAUAUCAUACAUGAGGUGAGAAAAUUGAACACACAGCUCUUGAUGUGGUGAGGGUUUGACGUGAAGAGAAGUUUUCAAAGGAAACAGCUCAACGUUGUGGUCCACUGCUUGAAAUCGUGUGAUCAAAGUGUUAGGUAUUAUGGGCUAUGUUCAAACAAGAGGAUGUGCAAAAUUGAAGCGCUCAUCAUCUUAUUCUAUGAUGUACAGUGACCACUUAUUGUCCCGAAAUACAAUUGUUUGGCAGAUGUUUGAAAUGUUUAUUUUUCUGCACAAAACACAUUAAUACUCAGAAGGUGCGCAUAUGGAACCCUCCACCCAACCCGAUCCAGAAUUAAUUCCAGGAUACAUCACUGCCUAAUCUUACGAUUUCACAAAAGAUCUUUUUUUUUAAAUACCCAAGGAAGAAAAUGCAUGGAAAUCCAUUGCAGUAUGAUCGUUUCAGAAUGGCAAACAGACGCCAGCUUCUGGCUGUUCCAGUCUCAAACUAAAGGCCUUUUAGCUGAGUACAAGGCUCAUGGAUUGUGGUGGCCUUAUUUCAGAAUAUCUCAUGACGACAUUAACUUCAACUGUUAUUAACUGUCACUAAUUUAGCAAUCUUUCACCACUGUUUGUAAGUCGCCAACCAUAUAAUGAAACAACAUCAAUGCAAAGCUCUUGAAUAUCCAAACUGGCAAGCUCCACAACACAGCUAAUCCAUGCAAUAAGAAGCAAAUCAUUACAUUACAUCCUAUUCUAUUAUAUUUAUAUACUGUUGUAUGAUUACAGAUAAAUAUAGUCUUUCUCAUGAUAUGAUUUUUUGGAGGUAAUCCACAUCAUCACUACUCACUUACACAGCACUCCAUUGCACACUCAAAAUGGCUACAUCUUUAAAACCUUUGAGUCUAUUUGUGCAACUUCUCACAGCUUUGCGUGUGUGUGUUCCACCGCCUGUGAGCCUGUGUCCGCACACAGCCGCGCGCAUUCGGCGCGCAUCACAGACCCUGCGACCUAAAAAAUCUUUGGGUAACUGCUUCUUCGCCCGAAGCGGUUUGAAGUGCGAGCAAUUUCCUGUGCCCGCGUGGUCUGUCUAGCUGCUUCCGAGAACCGAAAGGCGAAAACAAAAAAAAAAAAAUGGGUCAGCAUGGGUCAAUUUUCCAUUCAUACAGACAGGAAGAGAUGCUAGUGCAGCUCAACAAUGCUCUCCUUUCGCAGCCAGAAAGCGAUGCACGCGAAAACAACAUUUUGAAUGAAAAAUUACAGAGGUUCACAGAGCGUUCUGAAAUGUGCCUCUAUUUACCGCAACAUUACGCAGUGUACUGUUGAACAGUGCAGUAAAUACAGAGACAUUUAAAUGCGUUAUGUUCUAGAUGUAGAAUUUUAUUUCUGUGGAUUGUCUGGAUUCUAUAUUUUUUCUGUUUAUUGUAGUUAAAUUGUUAUUGCCUGUCUGUUAUAUUUGUCAUGUGAGUGAAUGCUUUGGCAAUGUAAGUGUACCCUUACCAUGCCAAUAAAGCUUAUUGAAUUGAAUUGAA